AAGCUUCCGCUAGCUGCGCAGCGCCCGGGCUGAGAGCGUCAAUCCGCGGCCGUAGCCGCGGGGCUGGACCUGCAGCGAGCCGGCGGCGCGGAGUAGGGCUGCGGAGCAAACAUGAAUGUUGGAGUCGCCCACAGUGAAGUGAAUCCAAAUACCCGUGUCAUGAACAGUCGGGGUAUGUGGCUGACAUAUGCAUUGGGAGUUGGCUUGCUUCAUAUUGUCUUACUCAGCAUUCCCUUCUUCAGUGUUCCUGUUGCUUGGACUUUAACAAAUAUUAUACAUAAUCUGGGGAUGUAUGUAUUUUUGCAUGCAGUGAAAGGAACACCUUUCGAAACUCCUGACCAGGGUAAAGCAAGACUCCUAACUCACUGGGAACAACUGGACUAUGGAGUACAGUUUACAUCUUCACGGAAGUUUUUCACAAUUUCUCCAAUAAUUCUAUAUUUUCUGGCAAGUUUCUAUACGAAGUAUGAUUCAACUCACUUCAUCCUAAACACAGCUUCUCUCCUGAGCGUGCUAAUUCCCAAAAUGCCACAACUACAUGGUGUUCGGAUCUUUGGAAUUAAUAAGUAUUGACAUUUUUUGAAACUGAACAAAAAUUUUUAUAGCUACUGAAUUUCUUAUAAGGAAGGAGUGGUUAGUAAACUGCACUGUUUCUGUGAUAAUGUGAAAUGAGAGGUAUUUACGUUGGAGAGCCAAUGGCUGGUCCUUCAAGUGCUGUUUUGAAGUGCAGAUUUCUGUUAAAUGAUGCCUCUCUUUAAUACAUGUGGUAUCUGAAGAGAGGCUUUAUAAGCAGGCUGGGCAGGCCCAGCUUAUAAGUUAAAGGGCAACACAGUGAAGAUGUAGUAGAUAAAUUCAAGGAAAUAAGAAUUUGUAAGAUACUAGGACCAGCAUAACUUAUAAUGAAUGGGAAUUGUGUUAAGAAAAGAGCAUUUCCAAUCAUUCAGUUAUGGUUAAAGCAGACUUACAUGUAAACCAGAAUCAUCUCUAUAUAGGUUUAUUAAAGAUUGUUUUUAUUACCAUA